AUGAAGGGGAAUGUGUUCACUAUCCUUGCCCAGGAUGAGAAUACGGCGGAUAAAAUUGUUGAUGAGGGUCCAUGGUCAGUGAUGGGCUUUUGCUUUUCAGUGCAGAGAUGGCCAAGUAACAUGGCGAUUGAAGAAAUCCCGACUCACCUGGUUGCUUAUUGGAUCCAAAUUCAUGGAAUACCCCUUAAUCUCAUGUCGACCGAGAACGCAGCAGAGAUUGGUGGAAAGCUUGGAUCUGUUCUGGAAGUUGAAGAUCCCUGGAGCAUGGGUCCACGAGGCUUCUUAAGGAGCCAAAUUCAGAUCGAUUGUCGAGCCCCCUUAGUUGCUGGGUUUUGGCUUCCAAGAGCUGAAGGCCUGGCCACAUGGGUGGAAUUGAAGUAUGUUUAUACCAUAUUUGACCAAGCAACUAGAAGCAACUCUAGGCAAAGCAAAGAGUCCCACAUUGGAAUAUUACAAGAAGUGGAGGCUCCCCCUCACCUAUAA